AGCAUAUCAGUAUCUUCUGAAGGCAGCAGACAUGAAUCAUACGAAGGCAAUGGAGAAAGUCUCUUACGCUUUGUUGUUUGGGGAUUACCUGAAGCAGAACAUCCAGUCAUCGAAAGAACUAUUUGAAAAACUAACAGAAGAAGGUUCUCCUAAAGGACAAAUGGCACUUGGAUUUCUAUAUGCGUCUGGUCUAGGAGUCAAUUCUAGUCAAGCCAAGGCCCUGGUGUAUUACACUUUUGGAGCCUUAGGAGGAAAUCUGAUCGCCCAUAUGAUCUUGGGUUACCGGUACUGGGCGGGGAUAGGAGUCCUUCAGAGUUGUGAAUCUGCUCUCACUCACUACCGACUUGUAGCUAAUCAUGUUGCUAGUGACAUUUCUUUGACUGGUGGCACAGUGGUCCAGCGGAUUCGCUUACCAGAUGAAGUAGAAAAUCCAGGAAUGGCAAGUGGGAUGCUAGAAGAAGACCUGAUUCAGUAUUACCAGUUUUUAGCAGAGAAAGGAGAUGUACAAGCACAGGUUGGCCUUGGACAGUUGCAUUUACAUGGAGGAAGAGGAGUAGAGCAAAAUCAUCAGCGAGCGUUUGAGUACUUCAGUCAAGCAGCUAAUGCUGGCAAUUCACAUGCCAUGGCCUUUCUAGGAAAGAUGUACUCAGAAGGGAGUGAUGUUGUACCUCAGAGCAAUGAAACAGCUCUUCAGUAUUUCAAGAAAGCUGCUGAUAUGGGUAAUCCAGUUGGCCAGAGUGGAUUAGGAAUGGCUUACCUCUACGGAAGAGGUGUGCCCGUGAACUAUGAGCUGGCACUGAAGUAUUUCCAGAAGGCUGCAGAACAGGGAUGGGUUGAUGGACAACUUCAACUAGGUUCCAUGUAUUACAAUGGCAUUGGAGUCAAGAGAGACUAUAAACAAGCUCUGAAGUAUUUUAACUUGGCCUCCCAGGGUGGCCACAUUCUGGCUUUUUAUAAUCUGGCUCAGAUGCAUGCGACUGGCACUGGAGUGAUGCGUUCCUGCCACACUGCUGUUGAGUUGUUUAAGAACGUAUGCGAACGGGGCCGCUGGUCUGAAAGACUGAUGACUGCCUACAACAGCUAUAAAGAUGGUGAUUCAAAUUCUGCUGUGGUUCAGUAUCUUCUUCUGGCAGAGCAAGGCUAUGAAGUUGCACAAAGCAAUGCUGCUUUCAUACUGGAUCAGAAAGAAGCUAGCAUAGUAGGAGAAAAUGAAACCUAUCCUCGAGCUUUGCUUCACUGGAAUAGGGCAGCUUCUCAAGGAUAUACUGUUGCAAGAAUUAAACUUGGAGAUUACCAUUUUUAUGGUUUUGGUACUGAUGUUGAUUAUGAAACUGCAUUUAUUCACUAUCGACUGGCAUCAGAGCAACAGCACAGUGCCCAAGCAAUGUUUAAUCUGGGCUACAUGCAUGAGAAGGGACUGGGUAUCAAGCAGGAUAUUCAUCUUGCAAAAAGAUUCUAUGACAUGGCAGCUGAAGCAAGCCCAGAUGCUCAAGUUCCAGUCUUCCUAGCACUUUGCAAGCUUGGAGUGAUUUAUUCUUUGCAAUAUGUACGAGAAAUCAAUAUACGGGAGGUGUUCUCACAUAUUGAUAUGGACCAGCUGCUGGGGCCUGAGUGGGACCUUUACCUUAUGACCAUCAUCGCCUUGCUUCUGGGAACAAUCAUAGCGUACAGGCAGCGGCAGCAGCAGGCGGUGCCCCGCCCAGCAGGACUGCGGCCCCCCGCGCCCCCGCAGGAGCCCCCGCCAGAGCACCAGCCUCCGCAAUAGCAACCAGGGCAUCGCUGAAAGGACUGGACUUUCCUAAAGGAACAGUUUUCCUUGUGAUUUAGGACUUUGGAUCAACAGUCCCUCCCCCAAAAGAGGCACAAAGAGGUUUAAAAAAAAAGUUUGAAAGCUGCUU